AUGCAAGCUUCAGUUUUGGACGUGUUCCCGUCGCACGCUUUUCAAGUGCGAGGAUUGGAGAAAAGCUUUCCGCGCCUGCCGAGCCGAAACAAGGGCCUGGCUCCAGCUUGGCCUUGGAUUUUUUGGGUCCCACUUUGGGGCGCGCUCGGCUUUGUGGUGUACGAGGUGCCUCGUGUCCACACGUGGCCACGAGGGGUGCGCCGUGGCUGGCGACGUCAUGUCUCCAGGAAUGUGCUGUCUCGAGAGCAGUACAUGCCGAACGAGCCUGGCAAGUCAUCCGACGAGGUGGCCUAUGAGCAGUUGUGCACUCGCUGGAAUCGCGAAGAAGCAGAGGCUGUGCAGCGCUGCAAACGAACCUUGCAGAGUGACAAGACCACGCGCGAGGACAAAAUCCUGGCCUUGAACGAGCUUGAGUACUGGGCCAUGAGGCGGGGCGGUUACGAUGCCGAAGUCAUCCUGAUUGGCAUGCUAAAGGAAUCAGACAAGGAUGUUGCGGGGCAGGCGCACAUCAGUCUGAAAAAGACAUGGGCAGCCCAUUUCAACAUGUGGGUGAACAACGACGUUGACCAUGGUCGACUGCUGAUGAAGCAGAAAAAGCUGGAUGAGGCUUUCAAAAUCUUCGACAAGGUGGCCUACGAAAACCCUCUUUGGGGGGAGGGAUACCACCUUCGAGCGAAGUGCUACAACGCAAUGAAGGAUGUGCCAAAUACAAUCGCAGAUCUUCGGCGGGCACUCGAGUUCUGUCCCAAUAACUACCUUGUCAUGGUCGAGCUCGGCAUCACUCUUAUGGACAAGAGCCACGAGUACGAGGAAGCUGCAGACUUGUUCAAGCGCGCCAUCGACCUCUGCCCUAUUAUUCCCGUCGACAUCUUCCUCCAGCAGCUCUUCGAGAAGGUGCCCCAUCUCAAGGAGGAGUGGGAGGCAGAGAAGAAAGCCAACCAGUUCUCUCUUAAUGAGCCUCCGGCGCGGCUGCUGCCCGAGGCUUGGGUGGAGCGCUUCGAGGCCACGGAGCGGCCCAACCAGGCAUUCCUGAGGGUCGGUGCUGAACUGGAGCAGUGGUUUGCCGAGGUUCGGCGACACAAGGCUGAGCCGUCGAUUCAGCGCAAGCUAUGGAGCGUUCUGGUCAUCAAGUGGGAUCCAGACAAGUGGCCCAAGGAGCUCAAGUCCUUCACCACCCAGGUCCAUGAGGCACUCAAGGCCCGGCGCGAGCGCGAGCUCGCCAAGGCGGUUGCGCCUGACGCGGUCGAGGAGUGGAAGGACCAGGACGAGCUGGAGUUCGAGCAAGCUCAGGACGAGUACGACGAGGAGGCGGUGGCUUUCCUUCGUCAGCUCCGAACGCAGCGGGCACGGUGA